AUGCAGACCGUCAAGUUCUUCCGCUUCGCCCUCCAAAAGCUUGGUAUUGACGAUGGCGUUGCCGACAUCGCCCAGAUCCGGGUCGUCGUCGACGACAAGAGCGACUCCAAGCAGCUUCUCGGCGCCAAGGCCAGCAUCACCGAGAUCAUGUCGCGCCCGAGCUUGGCCCUAAGCACCGCCAAUAUCGCCGCCACCAUGCCGAAGCCAGUCCGCCGCGAGCACCUCGUCCAGCGAUACUGGAACAAGAUCUCCUCGUUGGUUCAGAACCGGCGUCGCGAUACCAGCAAGAAGACGGAUCGGACCGCUUCUGCUGCGUCUGCCUCUCCCUCCUCCACCAUCCCUACCACUCCCUGCUCUGCUGUCUCUUCCGAUGGCACUUCUGAUGCCGAUGCCACUCCCGCUGGCCCGACCGUGGAUCAGACCCUUACCAUCACCAUCCGCCCUGGAGGUUCGACUCCUCCGGUCGAAGCCAUCCGAGCCUACUCGACGGAGAGCAAUGCUCUACCUGACAGCCCCUCGGCCGUUUCCUUCUCUGGCACGAUGACGUCGGAGCCCAUCACGGAGCGCACCUACGAUAGCGAUAGCGACGAGUCGAGUGCCUCCUCCGCCACGUCUGUCGGCACGGAAGAUACCGAUGCCGACUACUUCAACAUCUUCAAGGACGAUGACUGGAACCUGGAUGCUGAGCCAACUUCUCCCUCCGCCAAGGAUCCUGUUGGCGAGGAUAACGAAAGCAAUACCGAGGAGGAGACGAUCUUUGAUGGUGAAGACAUUGCCUCUUCCCCUGUUGCAGAGCCCACCGAGGCUGCCGAUGAAGGUCCGUCGGCCGAUAUCACCGCCACGGACACGCACACCGCUCCCACUUCUAGGGAGUCAUUCAUCCACGUCUACGAAGACGACUUCUGGGCCCCGCCCUGCCCGACCAGAACCCUCGACGAGAUCUACGAGGACGCGGGCUUCGAGCACCACUGGUGGCACUUCCACGAGGAAGUUGGCUUCCAGACGGCCGACGGCGGCGUCGAGGUCAGUAACUGCGGCUGCGCGCACGGCGCCUUCUGCCACCUCUUCAACCCGAUCGCCGAAAAGAACAAGCGGCAGGCGGCCUACUGGGAGGCCAAGGGCGAGCCCCUGGGACACAAGUGCACAUGGCAGCUGCUGGACAGCCCGGACCCAUUCGCCGCCGCCGCGGAUCGUGCCAAGGGCCUUCCGGAGCUCGUGGUCACGACGCCCGAGGGCGAGAAGAAGUACCUCUCCGACAUGACGUACCGCGCCGGGGAGACAAACUGGGCGGACUUGGACGACGACGAGGACUGGAUCUGA